AAUGUAAAAAAAGAUAAGAUGUGAAGACAUGAUAUAAAAAGGUAUGGAAACCAGAUUAUCCAAUCAAAAGGGAGCAGCACCUCUCCCGGUCUCCAUGAUAAAGCGAGACUUAGCCUAGCUCGUGGACUUCUCCUUCCCUCGUCAACAGCGCCGUGCACUUGCAGGCCUCCUCUUCCUCGCGUUGAACCAUUCCAUUCCGUUUCCACGCUCCCCCUCUGCCUGCGGCUACAAAGCCUUGUACGGCUCGCGAGCUACCCCGAGUCCCCGACUCGUCGUCUUCCCCGACCUUCCUGCACCUGCUGUCUGCUGCGAUUGGUACAUGGACGCCUCGUCGGACCGGUCGUCGCCGCGCAGCCGGCAGCUGCAGGGCCCACGCCCGCCGCCGCUCGCCGUCAGCAAGGACUCCCACAAGGUCAGGAAGCCGCCCGUCGCGCCGCAUCCAAGACACCACCACCUGCAGCCGGCCUCGCAGCAGCAGCAGCAGCACCACCACCAGCAGCAGCAGGCGCGGGCGCCCGUCAUCAUCUACGACGCCUCGCCCAAGGUCAUCCACACCAAGCCGGGGGACUUCAUGGCGCUCGUCCAGCGCCUCACCGGGCCGGGCGCGGGCGCCUCCGCUGCCCCGGCGCAAUUCGACGCGGCGGCGGGGGCAGGGCCGUCCACUGCGCCGCCGGUGCCGUUGGAGUUCCAGCCGCGGGAGUUCCUGCUCUCGCCCACCGCGGCGCUCUCCCCGGCCGCGAGGCUGGCCGCCAUCGAGAGGUCCGUCCGGCCGCUGCCUCCUGCGCCGGCGCCCUCCUACUUCGCCGACGACUACUCCACGUCCUUUGCGGCGGACAUGGACAGCUUCGCGGCGGUUCUCGGCCCGCCGUCGGUACGGCCGGGGAUCCUCUCGCCUGCGGCGCUCCCGCCGGCCGCGUCCACAGGGCUGUUCUCGCCGCUGCCGUUCGACCCGAGCUGCCUCUCCUGGCUAGGCGAGCUGAGCCCGUUCCUCCCCUCUGCCGGUGCUGCCCGCGCGGCAGCCGGGCUGGAGGCGCCGUUCGCGCCGAGCCCGUGCAGCAGCCUGCUGCUGGCCACGCCCACCAUGCCGUCGCCGGCCACCUUCUCCGUGCUCGAGUUCUUCAGCAACUUCCCAGACCUGUAAAUCUGAUCAACCCUACCGUACACCCCUUCUGCUGAUUUGAUUUGAUUAAUUACUUCUUUGCCGUCCGGUGCGGUGCAACGCGAGAAAUCAAAAGCAUCCGUGUCCUAACAACGCGGUUAAUUUCCUGUGAUCGCUUUUACCAUCUUGGUACUUCAUUUGGGGUGUUGAGCUGGAAUCAAGCAGGUGCUGAGAUGAAGCGGUGGCUAGAUUUGUUUAUUUUUUUUCGAUUUUAUUGGAACAAAUAGUCCAUUGUUAGAUAUUUUCUCGUACAAGCAGGGUCAGGAGGUGAGAGCAAGUUGGCCUUGGCCUAUGGUAGCAACUGAUUGAUUAAUUAAUUCAUCAGAGUAGGAAUUUUCGUUCUCAAGUUUCCUGUGUGUUAAUGAAAUCGUCAACUGUAGGUAGGUGGAGGCUGCUAAUCUUCUCUCGUUCCUUGUUAUAUUUUUUAAUUCUUUGUGCUCUGUUAUUACUUGUAAACGAAGGAGAUGAUGAUUGGUGAUUGUUUCAUGUAUACUAGUUUCAUUGGUUCGUUCA